UUGUUUCUCUUCGUGUGUGUAGGGUCAGCUUCUGGCGGUAUUUUUGGCUAUUAGAUAGAAAGAUCAUUAUACCGAUCACUAUCGCAUUUAAAGAAAAAAGGUUACGCAAGCCACUUCUCCAGUGAAAAAAGUAUAACUAGCAUUGCACAAGGUACUUGAAGGUAAUUUUUAGGUUGACCAGACUAGGGAGCCUCCGGCAUUGUAUGUGACUUGAGUGAUCCAUCCAGUCAUUAAUAUGCUCAUCACCAUCGCCAGAUUCGGAACUAGGCUGUUCACCAAGUAUCUCCUAGUGACUAAUGUCGCAUUCUCGUGUGGGUUCUCGAAUGCUGGUGAUUUAAUUGUGCAGGGCAUGCAGAUUCAUGAAGACAAGAAAUCACAAAAGAAACUGCACUCCAACAAGUGGGUGGACUGGGAGCGCACAGGGAACGUGUUCAAGGUUGGUGCUCUCUUGGGUGUUUUCCAGCACUACUGGUAUGUCCUACUAGAUACUAAACUACCAGGAACUGCAGGCAAGACAAUGCUGAAGAAAAUUAUAGCCGACCAACUGGUAGCAUCGCCUGUAAGCUCGGCCAUAUUUGUGAUUGGUAUUUCUUUGAUGGAGCACGAAACCUGUCAGGAGGCAAUGAAAGGAUUUAAGGAAAAAUUUCCUGUUAUCUAUUUGACUGACUGGAGCUUCUGGCCUGUCGUUCAAGGAAUCAACUUCAGAUACGUUCAAGAUAGAUACAGGGUAAUGUACGUCAAUGCGGCAACUUUAGUUUGGACAGUUUUCCUGUCUUAUGUCCAAUUUGUGGAUGAAAAGCAUCUAGCAGCCAGGCAUGAAAACGAUAUGGUGUGUGUAAAAACUCAAGGACCAACCCAAAAAAUAAAAACAUUCACUGAGUAAUUUGGAUUAUGUCGAUAAGAACACUUGUUGGGCUCUUUACACCCAUGUUCAACACUAGUGAUACUCAACUGAGUGUACAAAGAAUGCAUUUAGUAUCUUUCGUAACAAAUAAUGUCAGUGUUGUUUUGAAGUGUUUUGGAGCGUUGCCCGAGGAUAAUAUUUAGUGCUGAAUCUGACAUUACCCAUCUUGACCCUCAAGCGACCUGGACUUCGUUACACAGGUGUGGUAAUAACAGACCGAUUAACUCUGUGUAUAUUAACUCUGUGUAUAUCAGCCACCUGAAAGAUGUGUUAAUAAUAAUAGCCCAUCUAAUAGCCCAUCUGCUCCUGCCUAUUAUCCCCCUCAGGCUCAUCACUAUGCGCCUCGUCGUUGUGAAAUGUCACAUAUCCUGUCAUUUUGCCGCUUGGCACAGCUGCAGAAAGUCCGGAUCGAGUUCCGCUGGUUGCGACUUUUCGUAGACUUACCGUUUGGCAGUUACUCCACUAUGAACACUGGUCCUCCGUAUGCUGUCGAAAGCUGUCACCAUGGUGAAAGUAGAAUUUACCAUGCUCCCAUGGUAAAUAUUUCUCACCGUCCCAUUUCACCAUGGUGAAGUGCUGUCAAUUUAGCAUGGGUGAAUUGUGGAUUUACCAUGGUGAAAUUGAGACCAAUUUUUCGUAAGGGAUGCUAUAUGUAUAAACAUCAUUUUUUGUGUUGACCUCAUAUCCUAAUGUCGAUCAUGGACAAGCCUCUGAGCGUCCAAUUUCUCAUCAGAUUGACCUACGACCAAUGUGAUGGAGUCUACCAAGAGGACCUAUCUGAUCGCACUGGCAUUGUUCAGAAUCGGAUCAGUCACCCAUGUGACAUGACAUGAGUCGAUAUCAAGGAUGACCGAAAAGAGUCAUGGGACAGGAAGCCAAGAAUGUGACACAAAGGUUGUGGUCUGCCCGCAAAUGCACCCCUUGAAAUACUUCCCUGAGUGCAUAUUCAUGUAUAUAAAGGACAUAAUGCAUAUUUUUUUGGCGAAAGAUUUCCAAGAAUGAAAAACCAUAACAACUUUGUAUAAUUGAUCAGAAUUCAUUAUAAGAACAAAAUAGCAUUAAAGAAGGACUAUAGGCCGGAGCAGUGGGGUUAAAUUGGCCAUCUUCGGGUGACUAAUAUUCAAUUAAAAAUGCUCUCAAAAGACGAAAAGGAACGAUUAUUUAUUAACAUUUCCUGUCAACUAUUCUCAAAACUUACUAAAAGUGGAAUAGACGGGAAAGUUUUCAAAGUCAUAAAAAAUAUGUAUGAAAAUGCAAAAUCUUGUGUUAGGUUAAACGAAAAGGACUCGGAUUAUUUUUUCUGUAACGUGGGAAUACGCCAGGGUGAAAAUCUGGGCCCUUUUUUAUUCGCCAUAUUCCUAAAUGACAUGGAGGACUUUUUCAAAUAAACGAGUUAAGGCGCUUUCUUAAACUUUUCCUAAUCCUCUAUGCUGAUGACAAUGUUCUGUUUGCGGAGACACCAGAAGGACUUCAGAAGGCUCCAGACUGCCUAGGCGAAUAUUGUGACAUCUGGAAGCUCAAAGUGAAUACGGACAAAACAAAAAUAAUGAUAUUUUCAAGUAACAACAGGAAGAAAAAGAAUCCACCGUUGUUUAAAUUCAACGGAGACACCAUUGGAAUUGUUGACUCAUACACUUAUCUUGAAAUAAAAUUCUUUAAAAACGGAAAAUUCUACAAAGCCAGAAAACGAGCGAGUGAUCAAGCCCAAAAAGCAAUGUUCGCCUUAUUGAAGAAGUGUCGCACACACAACCUACCAAUUGAUUUGCAAUUACAUGUACAGCCAUUUGAUACCGCAGUUAUACCUGUUCUUCUCUAUGGUUCUGAAAUAUGGGGCUACGAGGAUAACAAAAUAAUAGAAACCAUACAACUAAAAUUCUUUAAAUAUAUACUCGGACUUAAAAAAAGCACUCCCUCUGCCAUUGUCUGCGGUGAACUAGGUCGCAUGCCUGUGGAAAUUUUAAUUAAACAGGAUGAUAAACUACUGGGCUAAAAUACUUAGUAGUGAGGACAAUAAAAUUAAUAAAAUUCUUUAUUGGCCAGAGACCUCUAUUAAAACCUGUGUACAUUACAUGUACAUUGUUGUGCAUAAGUUUUGGUAAAAAAAGUACAUACACAUUGGACCAAUCAAUCUGCACAAAAUGUUAUAUGUGUCAAGAAGAACCCUUUGCCAAUAGCAUAAUAAAGUUUAAAAACAUUCCAAUACCGAUUGCCUGAGAAAAAGAGAUUUCCGUACACCAUAUCCAUCAAAACGUCACUGGCGCAUUGAUAUGGCCCUGUCAAAGUACAAGUUCUAAACUGACCAGUGAGACCACAUUUUCUUAAAUAUAUUAUCAAAAAGCAUAUUUCUGUGAUGGCCUGACUCUGUAGAUUAAGAAUCAACAACAGAUUGAGAAUUAAUUCCACUUUGGUCUAUCCCAGCCAUGUAUUUACCACAACUUGACAUUUUGAUAAGCUCUAUGUGACUUCCGGUCGUGGAUGAAUACAUGUCUCUGCCCUAUUGUAUAAUGUUUAACCUACAUGAACAAAGACAAUACGAAUGGCCUUGGCUUACAUAUAUCAAGGAUACCCUCAACAGGUGUGGAAUGGGCAACUUAUGGCAAGGACAAAACGCUCAAAAUAGAAAGUGGUUAUCACGGGCAAUCAAAUUACGACUGAGUGACCAAUUUCAACAAGGAUGGCGCAACACGAUUGACACCUCAGGUGGAUUAGUGAAUUACAUUUUAAUAAAAGAAGACUUUGGGUUUGAAAAGUAUUUAGACAUUUUACCUCAAAAACUCUGCAAAACAUGAGAAAAUUCAGAACUAACAACCACAAAUUACCGAUUGAAGCGGAACGAUAUGAAGGUACGCCGAGGGCAGAAAGGAAAUGCACAAAAUGUAACAGCGAUGUCAUAGGUGACGCGUAUCAUUAUCUAAUGCAAUGUUCCUUCUACGAAAAUUCCAGAAGACAAUAUCUUCCAAGAAAAUACUAUGUUCGUCCAAAUGUUAUUAAAUAUAGAGAACUCUUGAAUU